AUGCAAGAGACUUCACCAUCCAAUGAAGAGGUGCUCACUCCAAAACCAAUAUCACCAAGUCAACUACCUCAUGACAAUGCACAAUCAUCAGAUGAUAAAUCAAAUCCAAGUUUAUUAGAUUCACCAAAUGAAAUUGAAAAUAAUAGUAUAAUAUUUGGUUCUUCAAAUAGUAGUGAAACUUCAAUUCCUAUGUAUCAUCCACCAAAAUCACCAAGAUUAGAAAGUGGUGGACGUGGAUUUUUCACAAAUGAUAAUGAUUUUGUUGUAUAUUCUGAUUCAGAUGAAGUUGCAUCACAAAGUUCAUUAGAUUUACAUAAUGAAGAUACUCCAAUAAAACGUGAUUUAGGUUAUAGAUUAAGAAAAUUAGCUAAAACAAAUCAAAGUUCAGAUGAAGAAGAUGAAUUUGAUGAAGAUGAAAUAAAUAUUUCAAAUCUUAUGUCAAAUAGAGGUACACCAAUUGAUAUAACUCCUAAUAAUUCAAAUAAAUUUUCAAAUUUAAAACCUACAUUUAUGGAAACUCCAAAACGAUCAAAGUCAAACUCAACAUCAUCAAGAUCUUCUUCACCAAGAAGAAGACGAAGAAGAAGUAGUUCACCAGAUUCUGUUGAUCAAUCACCAGGCAACGCCACAUCAAAAUCAAAAACAAAAUUACGUAGAAAAUCAAAAGAACCAAGUGAAAAAUCUCAUAAAUCUUAUGAAAAAUUGGGAACUGGUUAUACAUCAAUGCCAGUAUCUGGUAAAGUAUUUAGAAAUUUAUUAAUAUUAGAAGAAAGUAUGAGGGAACAAGUUAUACAACAAAGAGCAAUGAGAAGAAAAUAUUUAAUAUUUUUAACCAUAUUAUGUUCAAUUAUUGGUGCACUAACUCAUCAUUUAUUUAUACUUGAUAUUUCAGUUUCAUCAACUGGAACAAAAAGAAUUAUUUUACAAUUUUUUUUAAUAUCAACUAUAAUUACAUUAUUAUUAUAUCAUCUAUCAGGAGAAUAUCAAAAAACAAUUGUUUUACCAAGAAAAUUUUUAUCAUCAACAAAUAAAGGAUUAAGACAAUUAAACGUAAGAUUAGUUAAAAUUAAAACUCCUUUAAUUGAUAAAGUUACAGAUUUAAUAAGAGAAAUUUCUUUAACAAUAGUUACAUUUACAUUAUUAAUAUUUCAUAAAUUUUCAUCAUCAUCAAUACAAAAUAAAGAUUCUAAAAUUGAAGUAUUUUUAGUUACUUGUCAAUCACAGUGUCAACCAAGAAUUGGUGUAACUGAUGUUAAAUUAUUAUUAAAUGCAAGAGUUUUUAAUAUUGAUAUAAGAGAAGGUUGGGAAACUUAUAGAAGUGAAUUUUGGAUAAAUGAAGGAGUUAGAAGAAGAAAUAAUAUGUUGGCUUUUAUUAAUGGUAAUAAAGUUAUAAAGAGAAGAAAAAGAAAAUCAAUAGAUUUUAAGUAG